GUCUUGACCGCCCUCGUCCGAUUCAAAUCAGCACGGCACGAGGCUGUAUAUGUACCUUGUCUGCCUAUUAUAAGGGAAUCUCCUCGUCAGCGAAGUCAUCUUGACUGUUCCCUUCCCCUGUCGGUGUACUAGCCUUGUAUAUUCCGAGACACUUUUUUUUGAAAUAGAAAAAGUCACCGACCAUAUUAUCUGUUAUUCGAUACCUGCCAAUGCCUUCGCGAUAGUAUCAAUAUGAUAGCUUCUUCAUUUCUUCCCUCCCGCUUUCGCGGUGAGCAGCCCGGCGAGACACCCGUCCCACCAUCCAAGGCAAACAAGAGAAUUACACCCGUCCUUCAAUUCCUCUCCAAGCUCGCUACUUCACACCCGAUCCACACUAUCGUCAUCGUCGCUUUAUUAGCAAGUACUACAUACGUUGGUGUGGUAAAAGAAAGUCUUCGAGAUGUAACAAGGAGCUCAAGGAAGGCCGAUUGGUCUUCCUUGACCGAAGGAAGUAGGAGCCUGCGAACUGGCCCCGAAACUUCUUGGAAGUGGCAGAGCUUCGACUCGGAUUCCACAAUACCAAAGGAAGCCGAGCACCUCGCUCUCGUCACUCUAGUUUUCCCCGAAUCCUCCGAGGACGCGCCACAGACCGCACCAUUACACCACAUAGUACCAUUACCCGAGAACCUAAGCGUUACCCAUCUACCUUCGACCUCGAAUCCUUUGACCGCCUAUUCCCAAGACAGUGCCUUAGCUUUCGCCAUCAAGUAUAACGAGGCGCCUGAAUUCCUUGCAGCGGCACAGGAAAUCCCCAACGAUGUUCCCGUACAAGAAUCGCGCGAGACAGAGCUAGGCAAAGAAGAACAAAAGAUGUGGAUAAUGAAGGUUGCCAAAGGUUAUACCAGAGGCAGUGUGGCACGAUGGGUUCAUAAUGCUUGGACUGAGUUCCUUGAUUUGAUCAAGAAUGCGGAAACACUCGACAUCAUCAUCAUGGUGCUUGGAUAUCUAUCCAUGCAUCUAACUUUCGUAUCCCUCUUUCUUUCCAUGAGAAAGAUGGGAUCGAAUGUUUGGCUAGCCAUCAGUGUGUUAUUCUCGUCAACAUUCGCCUUCUUAUUUGGACUCAACGUUACAACUAAGCUUGGUGUCCCUAUCAGCGUGGUUCUUUUAUCUGAAGGCCUACCGUUCUUGGUAGUCACAAUCGGGUUCGAGAAGAACAUUGCUUUGACGAGGGCUGUAUUGUCUCACGCUUUAGAGCAUCGAAGACCGGAAGAGGAGUCUAAAAACGGCAAAUCCAAGAAACCUGCAGACAGCACUAUCCACUAUGCUGUACAACGCGCUAUCAAGGAUAAGGGCUUUGAGAUCGUUCGAGACUACGCCAUAGAAAUUCUAAUUCUCGUCGCCGGUGCUGCCUCUGGUGUACAAGGUGGUCUACAGCAAUUCUGUUUCUUGGCUGCCUGGAUCCUAUUUUUCGAUUGCGUUUUACUCUUCACGUUUUACACUGCUAUCUUGUGCAUCAAGCUUGAGGUGAAUCGCAUUAAACGACAUGUCGAGCUACGAAGGGCCUUGGAAGAUGAUGGUGUUAGCCGCCGCGUUGCAGAGAAUGUUGCAAAGAGCAGCGACUGGCCUAGACAAGGUGGCAAGGACGCGGCUGAUGCGCCCCUUUUCGGCAAGAAUGUUGAAAGCAGCAGUGUGCCCAAGUUCAAGUUCUGGAUGAUUGCUGGUUUCAUCGGUAUCAAUGUCGCCAAUCUUUGCACGAUCCCUUUCAGGACUUCGGAUGUCUCGAGCGUUGUCUCGUGGUCUGGUGGUUUGGGCGCCGUUGUCAGCUCGCCGCCUCUCGACCCUUUCAAGGUUGCAUCCAACGGGCUUGACGAAAUUCUCUUCACCGCUAAGAGCCACUCGAGGCCAACCGUCGUUACUGUCCUCACCCCGAUCAAGUACGAACUGGAAUUUCCUUCAAUUCACUACGCAGAGCCUCCUGUUACUUCGGGAGACGGACAGAAUGGCUACAGUGGUAGUUACUCUCAGCUUCACGGUUACGGCGUAGGAGGUCGCAUGGUUGGUAGCCUCCUCACAAGUCUCGAGGAUCCGAUUCUAUCCAAGUGGAUCGUGGUUGCGUUAGCUAUGAGUGUUGCCCUCAAUGGAUACUUGUUCAACGUCGCUAGAUGGAGUGUUAGAGACCCUAACCUCCCUGACCACCCUAUCAAUCCUGAAGAGCUUGCGGAAGCUGAAAGGUUCAACGAUACACAAUCUGCAACCCUGCCUCUUGGGGAGAUGCAAUCCAAACAACCAGAACAAAUGAUACCUGAUCGGCCCAUCACUCCCGCUUAUACUGAUGACGAGAGUACUACCCAAGCUCCACGACCUCCUCAGCCCCCGAAAUCGCCUACAGUUAUGAGAUCCCCUGCUGAAUUAGACAAGAUGCUAGCAGCUAAGCGAAUACACGAGAUGUCUGAUGAAGAGGUUGUCGCCCUAUCUCUCAAGGGCAAGAUCCCCGGUUAUGCCUUGGAAAAAUCUCUCAAGGACUGUACACGAGCUGUCAAGGUUCGCCGAAGCAUCAUCGCAAGGACCCGAGCAACAGCAGAACUCACUGGCCUUCUGGAUAGAUCCCAGCUACCGUACGAAAACUACAAUUGGGAACGUGUCCUCGGUGCUUGCUGCGAGAACGUCAUUGGUUAUAUGCCCCUUCCUGUGGGUGUAGCUGGUCCUCUUGUUAUAGACGGUCAGAGCUACUUCAUCCCCAUGGCAACUACAGAAGGUGUGCUCGUCGCUAGCGCAAGCCGUGGAUGCAAGGCUAUCAAUGCUGGCGGUGGUGCUGUAACGGUAUUGACUAGCGAUGGUAUGACCCGUGGACCUUGCGUGCAAUUUGAGACGCUCGAGCGUGCAGGUGCCGCGAAACUCUGGAUUGACUCCGAGGCCGGCCAAUCUGUCAUGAAGAGAGCUUUUGACUCGACUUCAAGAUUCGCUCGUUUACAGACUAUGAAGACGGCUCUCGCAGGAACCAAUCUUUUCAUUCGAUUCAAGACUACUACCGGCGAUGCUAUGGGAAUGAACAUGAUCUCCAAGGGUGUCGAGCACGCCUUAAAUGUUAUGGCUACUGAAGGUGGUUUUGAGGAUAUGAGCAUUGUCUCAUUGUCUGGAAACUAUUGUAUCGAUAAGAAGGCUGCUGCCAUUAACUGGAUUGAUGGACGAGGUAAAGGUAUUGUUGCCGAGGCCAUCAUCCCCGGUGACGUGGUUAAGGCAGUUCUCAAGAGUGAUGUUGACAGUCUUGUGGAGCUCAACAUAUCUAAGAACUUCAUUGGAUCCGCCAUGGCUGCCUCUAUCGGUGGUUUCAAUGCCCACGCGGCCAAUAUCGUUGCUGCAGUCUUCCUCGCUACUGGUCAGGACCCGGCACAAGUUGUUGAGAGUGCUAACUGUAUUACCAUCAUGAAGAAUCUACGCGGAUCACUUCAGAUCUCGGUUUCAAUGCCGUCAAUCGAAGUUGGUACGCUUGGUGGUGGUACUAUCCUUGAACCCCAGGGUGCCAUGCUUGAUAUGCUUGGUGUUAGGGGAUCUCAUCCGACAAAUCCUGGAGACAACGCUCGUCGUCUUGCUCGCAUUGUCGGAGCGGCUGUUCUCGCGGGUGAACUUUCAUUAUGUAGUGCUCUUGCCGCUGGUCACUUGGUUAAGGCACACAUGGCACACAAUCGAUCUGCUCCUCCAACACGGUCCACUACACCAGCCCCUGUUGCUAGCGGUACUAUGACGCCUGUUGGAUUAGCAAUGACGAGUGCUGUGGAGAAGGCUAUGAAGAGCCCCGCCGCCGUCGAUCGAGCAGCUGCGUCAAGACGCUAAAUAUUGUCUCUCUUACUCUUUACGUCACAGUGCUUGCGGCAUGUGUGGAUGAUAUAUUCCGUUUCGGUCAUAGCAGCGCAUUACGGCAGGCGUUUAACGAGCUUGAGUUUGGUGUUAUUCCAUAUGAAACUGAAGCCAAUUGGGACAUUGAAUUUGCGAGUUUCCAGCAAAUUCGGUUGGGGAUUCAAUCGUGUCCUCUAC